CUGGUUUUAAUUUUAUUGUCUGGGUGAACUUUUCACCGACGGGCUUGUCUCGCGUUUAGGGUUGUUUCCCUUAAUUUUAAUUUAAAAAGGGGCUGAAUUUUUUUUUCAGUAUAUAUCUCCAGUCUUCAGUUUCAUCCCCCAAUCAUGCGGUGAAUGCCAAAAGCUCGGCACAGUUGCCAAGUACAGACGGCAAACAAAGGAAGCCCCGCAUGUCGAAAACCUCCCGGUCCGGCUGAGUUUCCUCUUUUGGAGCCCUUCUCUCACCAGAAGAGGCCGAAAAGCCGUUUCCGAGAAAAACAAAAUUCUAUAUGGUGCAGUGUCUGAAGUAUGGAUUCACAGUUUUAAUUUGAAAAUUGCUAAACUGUAUCAAUUUAACGAUAAAUCUCUGAAUGUGUUCAAGUCACAAAGUUAUUUUUUAAUGAAUUAAGAAGAUGGAAAGUGUCGGUAAACGGAAACGACGGAAGACAGCGUCUCUUGACGAAUAUGUCACAGGAAUAGAAGAGGAAGAAGAAGAAGAACUUGUGGAUGACCCCAUGGACAAAGAAGACAGCAAUGUUCAAGCGGUGACCUCUUCUUCUGGAAAGCCAGAUGGGGGGUCGUCAUCUAGCUGUGAAGUGACUAGUGUAGAAACCAAACCACCUGUUUUUCCUACUGAACUUCCCAAAGAGGCUGUUGUACGCUUAGACCCACAAGAGUUUAUAUCCCAUAAUGUUAAAAAAUUGAAUAAUGUAGAUCAGAGUGAACAUUAUUAUAGGAGAACUCAAUAUAAAGUUUUAAGCUGCGUUCUUAGAAAAAGACUUCACUGUACAAUAUGCGAUGAACAUGUAGGUUGUAAUUUAGGGCAAAGGGCUAACCACAUCCAACAUCCUCUGCUUAAAGUGUUGUGCUGUUCAAAGUGCAUUUCCCUCUAUAGGCAGAAAAAGUUUGAACUUUCCCCUGAUGGUAAAGACCAGUUUUGUCGGUGGUGUACCAAGCCUCCAUCGGAAUCAUCACCUCUGAGAUAUUGCAAAGUUUGCCCAUUUGCCUUCUGUGAGAUGUGUAUUUAUUGCAAUUUACCAUUAGAUGAACUUGCUACAAAUAGGAAUGAUUGGUUAUGCAUUGUAUGCAACAUGAAAGACUUAUGGCCAUCAAGAGGGGUUUUGUGGGCACUUUUAGGGCAAAUUCAAUUUAAUAAGUCAAGAUGUAUAGAUGCCAAAUGGAAAGGUGAUGUUUCUCAGUGUUGUCGUGCUGAUCAGGUAGCUGAUGAUGUGAUCAUUCCAGAAACGGAACCGCACAAUACGAACACUGUGAUUAAUGAAGGAAAGUCAGUGAACUGUUCAGCGGUUAGAUCUGUCAACCCGAUGUCGGUCGUGCUAAAACCAAAUGGUUGCACUUAUUUCCCAAGGGCGCGUACCUAUAGGGGACAGCAUAGGAAUGUUUACAGUCAUAGAGUACCAUUGUCUCACACCAACUAUCGUGCCUGUGCACCGACGAAAGCGCCGGCUUACUCGUUGAAAUCUCUCUCAAAAAAGGAAGAAUUCAGCAGACCUUUACCCGCGUCAAAAUUCGAAACGAAAUGGCUCAAGGGAAGGAUUAAAUCAAUUACCACCGUUAUCGACACGCUGAACGCCAACUUGACAAGAGUGUCGAAUGGAGUGCCUGAAAUCGACGACAAAUUCAAUAUAAAGUCGAAAUUAAUUUCUUUGACAUCACUCUUAAAUAUAGGAGCCAAUCAGAUAAAUAACUGUACAAAAGAGCUCGACAUAACUUGGACAAGACUCCAAGAGGAAAAGCUCAACAAAACGUGGAUCCCGGUUAAUGAUGAUACUGUAAAAGAAGAAACCGAAUUCGACAAAUUACAAGAUCAGGACGAACAAGGGGUUGUAAAAGAGAAAAAUGAUGAAUUUUAUUUGCAGCUGUACAACAUCCCAUCUUGCAGUGUACAGUUAUCACCGUUAGUAGAAACAGUGGUUAAAGAAGAGCCACGAGGAGAAUUUGAAGAGCCUAGAGGAGAAUUCGAAGAGCCGAGUAUUGAAAUUGUAGAUUUUACUACAGCGUUAUAAUUUCAAAAAGAUGCAUGUGCAAAAGUGAGCUGUCUAAUAAAAUUAUUAGUCUGAAGCAACCGUUGAUUAAAACAAUUAUCACCGCUUAUAAGAACAUUUUUUAUUAUUUAUCAAACAAUUGAACAAACUAAAAACAAUUGUGAAUACUGUACCUCGACUGCAUGUUUGUUUAAGCUGAAGACGAAUAAUUUUAAUUGUAAAUAUGAAUAGAAAAUUUAAUUAAAGAUCUAAGAGAAUGUGGACUAA